GGUGCAUUGACCACAUCAAGGGCACUUGGUUAUAUAUACGGCAGUGAACUACAUGUACUGAAUGGUGUUUAACGUAAACUCCGCUCGAUUGCUGGCAUGCUUGACUUUGCUGUCCCACUGGUCACCGGUCGUGUGGGCCCAGCCCUGCGAGGACCUGGACACCCAAGCGUGUGCUUUACUGGAGAAGUCGAAACCAGACCUCUGCCAGGACAACCUCCUCAGCCAAUCGGCCUGCAAAAGAUACUGUAACUUUUGUCCCCUCCAAUGCUAUAGCUGCGACUCAUUUAAUUGCAACACAACAGCAGCUUGCUACCCAGGAGAGAAAUGCCUAACACAUACCACAAUCUCUACCAUCGACGGCCAGAAAGAUAUCCUGACCAAAUGUUCUAGUCCUGAGGAAUGUGAUGGACGACUAGCGAGUGUUGUAAUUGGCCGACGGCAAAUUGGUAAACGGAAUAUGGCAGUGACAUGCUGCUCCUACGACCUAUGUAACGACCCAGCAGCCACAACUGGGUCAAUCAGACCAACCACUGGAUCCCAGUUGCACAACGCUAAUUGCCCAUCAGAUCAUAUCUUCGACAGAUUAACAUCGCUUUGUAUGAAAGUGAUGGACACAACCCAAGAAACGUUUGACCACGCCCAGUCCAUGUGCCAGGCCAUCGGAGACAACCUUGUUAUCAUAGACACGCACGAGAAAAACGUUUUCAUUGAAGAUAUCAUCAUGCAUACCUCUAAUGAACAAGUAUUAAUGCGGGGUUAUUGGAUCGGGGGAAGAAACCACAACGACACCGUCCCUAAACAGUUCGAAUGGAUGAACGGAACGCCCUUCCUGUACGCGAAUUGGGGUAGCGGUGACCCGGAUGGCAACCGAAAUGAGAGAUGCGUGGUGAUGCUGGGUCCGGACAUGUACAAGUGGUCUGACACGCAUUGCAGCAACAUGUUCCAUUACAUCUGUGAGCGCCAAAUACCUCUUACAGCGAAACAAAACGACAUGAGUGUGUCAACAACAACAGCUCCACCAACAACGUCGCAAAACACUCUGUCCGUUUGUGACACUUCCGGGGGAUUCAUGCUCCACGAAGAUGGGCAAACUCGACUAUGCAUCAAAUUACACAGUCAUUAUAUGGACUGGAGCCACGCCCGGAUGACGUGUACACAGCAGCGUAGUGACCUCCUUGUGGUGGAUACCAACACGAAACUCACAAAGGUCUUCAAUAAAACACGAGGUCAUGAAUACUGGGUUGGAGCGAGUGUGCCCAAUUUUACCUCUGACUACACGUGGGUGAAUGGACACCUGUUGACCCAAGGGUCGAGCUUGUGGGAGCCGGGGCAGCCGGGCGAACACCAGGAAGCGUGUGUCUUAAUUGAAGAUUUUACGCCAUUCUCGACUUUCCAAUAGACCAUAAUCCUUUGCGGCAUGGUGACUUCCGGUUUAUUUCCGGGUUAUGACUAAGUACAAUAACAGCGAUAAAUACGGACAAAUUAUCAUUGCAGAUAUGAUUCAAAUAUGCUGAUGUUACCUUCUGAGAUCAUUACUUUCAAUGAAGAACAUCACUACAAUUGGUUGGGCUGCUAGAUUGGUAGCAACGUGAUGAACAGCUAGUACCUGACAUGCUAUUGUUGGUUUUGGCAUCUAUUGCUUACUGGGCCGCUAUAUUGGAUGGACCAUACGUGUUGGUUGAACAAUUAUAAAUGGUUGGACUGGAAGUGUUGGUUGGACCACCAGUGUUGUUUGGACUGCUUGUUGGACAGAAUGUGUGAUAGACAACUAGUGUUAUUUGAAACACUGUUGGGUCAUAUUGGUUUGAUUCCCACUGCUAGUACUUGUUGGAUCUCUUUUGUUGGUUGAACUGUUGUUUUUUGACUGUUAUUAUUGAUAUUCAUACAUGUAUAAUAUGUUAAGUGCUUAGUAUUCAACACUUAUUAUUAUUAUUGUUAUCAUAAGAAAUAUUAUUAUUCAAAAAUCAUAUAAAUAUAUAAAAUUAAAUAUUUUUUUAUGUCCUUGUACUUUAGUUAUGUUUUACAU